UAUAUUGGAACAUUUGCAUCCACCCACCUCAAAAAGAGAGAUUACUAAAGAAAAAAAAAAGAAUAAAUAGUUUGUACAAAAAAAUAUAAAAUAAUCUGAAUCGUCUUCUAUGAGUCUCACUGUUUACGUGUGACCGCCAUGUGUUGACUCCAAUCUCCUAUCAUUGUCAGCCGCCGCCGCCCUCGCACCUCCUCAGGACCUUUUCUCAAUUCCCCAAUUUCUUCGGAGUCACAUUUUCUUCUUCAUCUGUCAAACCCGUCACCAAUAAACCCCAACAGUGAUAAUAAUCGAAUCAACAGACGAGAUACAGAAUUGCUAAAUUAAACCAUGCCGUGGUUCGGAAAUUUCAUCCAGCUGUCCAUCGCCUUCACCAGGCAACGGCCUCUGCCGCCACACAGAUCGGCGGCUGUAUUCGGUCCGCCGCCGUCGAUCGCCCAAUUGCUGCAGCAUUUCAGCGCCGCCGCUCAGAGCAACAGGGAGCCGGGAUUGGGGCCCACGAAGCGCGAUGAGAAGCCCAGAGUGGUGGUUUUGGGCUCGGGCUGGGCCGGCUGCAGGCUCAUCAAGGACAUCGACACGAAGAUCUAUGAUAUCGUGUGUGUAUCCCCCAGGAAUCACAUGGUUUUCACGCCCCUGCUCGCUUCCACGUGCGUCGGGACCCUCGAGUUCCGGUCCGUGGCCGAGCCGAUUGGCAGGAUCCAGCCGGCGAUCUCUCGUGAACCCGGUUCUUACUUCUUCCUGGCCAACUGUACCGGUGUUGACUUCCAGAAACACCAGAUUCACUGUGAAACUGUAACUGAAGGAGCUGACACCAUAGAUCCAUGGAACUUCAAAAUCGCAUAUGACAAGUUAGUAAUUGCUUCUGGAGCUGAGGCUUCUACAUUUGGUAUUAAGGGCGCAAAAGAACAUGCUGUCUUCCUUCGUGAAGUUUAUCAUGCUCAGGAGAUCAGGAGGAAACUGCUGUUAAAUCUGAUGCUCUCAGAUGUGCCCGGAGUUAGCGAAGAAGAAAAGCGUAGGCUCCUUCACUGUGUUGUUGUUGGAGGUGGUCCUACAGGAGUUGAGUUCAGUGGCGAACUAAGUGACUUCAUACAGAGAGAUGUUCAUCAAAGAUAUGCACAUGUGAAAGAUUACAUUCAUGUCACGUUGGUCGAGGCGAAUGAAAUACUGUCAUCCUUUGAUGAUCGACUCAGGAGGUAUGCAAUUAAGCAACUGACAAAGUCAGGAGUCCGUCUUGUCCGAGGGAUUGUGAAGGAUGUCCAAUCUGAUAAGAUAAUCCUCAGUGAUGAUACAGAUAUUCCGUAUGGUGUCCUGGUGUGGUCUACAGGUGUUGGUCCUUCUCCAUUUGUGAGUUCCCUCGAAGUUCCUAAAGCACCUGGUGGAAGGAUCGGGAUUGAUGAAUGGCUAAGGAUUCCUUCUGUGCAAGACGCGUUUGCAAUUGGCGAUUGCAGUGGGUUUCUUGAACGUACAGGCAGACCCGUUCUUCCAGCCCUGGCCCAGGUGGCCGAGCGGCAGGGAAAAUAUCUUGCAAAACUGUUGAACCAUUUGGGGAAAGCUGGCGGUGGACGUGCAGAUGCUGCAAAAGAUGUCGACUUUGGAAACCCAUUCGUGUAUAGGCACUUGGGGAGCAUGGCUACUAUUGGAAGAUACAAGGCCUUGGUGGACCUUAGGCAGAGCAAGGAGGCAAAAGGUCUAUCAAUGGCAGGUUUUGUUAGCUGGUUUGUUUGGCGCUCGGCUUAUCUCACUCGUGUCAUAAGCUGGAGGAACAGAUUUUACGUGGCAAUCAAUUGGCUGACAACCUUCGUGUUCGGUCGUGAUAUUAGUCGGAUAUGAAGGCGCGAGCAGAAAAUGGUAAUGCUAUGUUUUUUUGCAUGUUUGGAGAACAAGUUUGUUUUUCAAACAUUCUAGUUAGUAGUAGUUUUGUGUGGUGAAAAUUCACAUUUGUACUCAAUGAAGUCACUGCUGCAUGUAAAUUUGUUGUUGCUUUGAAAGAGUCGGACGAGUAUGAGUUGACCGCAUCAUGAUCCUAAGGGAUGAGUUCUAUGAACGAUAUCGAUUAGUACUCUUGUACAAGUAUUCCUCUGAAUAUUUAGUUGGUUUAGUCAGAUAUAUUUACAAUUUCGUUGUAAUUCCAAAAACCGGUGCUCAGUCUGAUUUUAUUUUAUAUCUUCUUUUUAAAUAUUUCUCAUUUUCUUUUUAAUAUAU